GCACGCAAUACCCUUCGUGAAUACCUUAUCCUUAAAUAGGUACAUGUUAGUAAUCAACUCUUUCGCUGAAUACGCUUCGUACUGCUGUCCUCCUUACCCGGCCCGGAAGUCAAUCGAUGGCAGCUCGCGCUUGAACUCAAUUUGGUGGCAUUUUAGUCCGAUGUUCAGUCAAACGUUCCACCCGCACAUGUCUUCCUUCCCGUUGAUAAGGGCCGACAACGCGCUCGGUCGCUGACCCCUCCUUUUUGGCCCGCCGGGUUGAGGCAUUCCCCCUGCGUUUGUUGUUCAGGAAAACCCUCGAAAAAAGGCUGGUUAGGCAUGGACGGUAUGCACUCAAAAAGAAUAAAUAAAUAAAAACUUGUCCAUGCGCGGCAACUUCCCCGCCAUGCUCGUCUCAACGAGGUGGUGGGUGUACACGAAUUGAAUAGGAAACCUGGGUACCUACCUAGGCUAGAGAAUAUCAUGCAAUCAGUCAAACUACUGUACGGCGGCGUCAAUACCUGGGACAAGGUGCGUGACUGGCAAGCGAUGGUGGGGUACGAGUAAGAUAUCAUUCCAAUGCAUCUGAAUGAGUCCGUCCACCUACCUGUCAGUCGUGAUAAAUCAACUUCCUCCACGCUUCAUUUAUUUCUUGUUUUUCAACAUUAUUAUUAUUGAUAUUGUUUCUUCCCCUCCCUUGCCUGGCAUCGAUGGCUUUUUCAAUAGUCUGAUCGACUCAAUUCAGCCCUCAAAAAAAAAAAAAACAUCAGUCUCAUUGGACCUAGAACUAGAGUAAACUGACCACCACGUUGUUGGCACCCUCGCUCCCGCCUGUCAUACAGCUCGCCUUAGGUACCUAGCCUAGGCGGGCCCUGUGCAGCUUUUCGUCUCAAUUCGCUACCAUCCACGAUUGGUGCAGUAGUCGCCCUGCAGCACGCCCGCCGCAUUUUGCUGCAACGAAAUACCCACCCACCACCACCACAACCACCCAGAGAUCGCCCGCCCAAAAAAAAUAAGCCCCGUGGUCGCCGCCCCUUUUCUUCGGCCAGACAAUCUGCAUUCCCUAAACCACCCCCGGGAUUGUCGCUCGAACCACCAACCCCCCUCAAGGACACUCCAACGAUCACAGCGCGGGAUCGCGUUCGAACGUGAUUGCGUCCAAAGUGGACUCGACUUUCCAACACCCACUUGUCAACUUGCAACCCAACAGAAAACUCUCGCCGCGCCGUCGACGGCCAAUCUACGCCCCACGGUUACAUGAAAAUUUCGGGACAUAGGGGUGAUGUCCUCUAGCUAGACGCGUGGGACAUGCCCUAGUCUUCACUCCCGCUGACCUCCCCAAAAAGGGACCAGGAUGCUCAUGACACAGACGGUUGUGUCGGCUCUUGGUCAGGCUCAGAACUCUGCUUCCUCAAUCGCCCCGAAUCGCCACGAUCCAACAACAGCCGCCGGCUCCACCCCACGGGAGGACCCCUACCUUGCCGCAUACACGUCGACCUCGUCUACGCUGAUGAAUGGGAUCGUGGGCACGGCACCGCCCGGUGCUAUGUACGUACGCGCCCUCUACGACUACGAAGCCGAUGACCGGACCAGUCUCAGCUUUCACGAAGGCGAUGUCAUUCAGGUUAUCACGCAGCUCGAGAGCGGCUGGUGGGAUGGCGUUAUCAAUGGCGUUCGCGGCUGGUUCCCCAGCAACUAUUGUGAGAUUAUAAACGAUGUACCCGAACCCGAGCCGAAUGGAUUCAUCGACUCGGUUGAGGAGGACCCUGAGGAGGAUGACUACGAGAAUGGCUUCGACGACGAAGAGGAGGAUGAUGACGACCAGGACCUGGCUGGUGGUCUGCCGAUGGAACAGCCAGAUUCCGACAGCAAAUCUGGCGCAGAUUUCUGGAUACCACAAGCGACAUCCGAUGGCCGAUUAUUUUACUACAACACCAUGACUGGUCAGACUAGUGUAGAGCUGCCCUUGGAAUCACCCACAUCGAUGAACGAAUCUGGACCCCGCGAUCGGAUGAAUGUAAACCUUCCAGAUAGGACACGGCCGCCUCCGGAGAUGAUGGCAAGGGGUCUUACACAGGACGAAGAUGAGGAUUCCGAUGCGAAUUCCGCUUCCGAGUUGGACGGCGAGUCUAUCAUGAUGGCAUCGCAGACUCUCGGGUCGAAUAACCGCGCGCCUCAUCUGAAGGAUACGCUAUCGCCAUCCAUCUCGAUGGACUCUAUGAACGGACAACACCCGAUUACUCGAACUCGCGGCGACACAUUUGGUGCUACCCAAGCCAUGAACCAGACACCAAUGAUCGCAUCUGCUACCUCUUUUACCACCUUCAAUCUCCCCAGCGCUGCCACCAUACCCCGCUCUUUCUUUGAUGAUGGUAGCACACCUCCCCUUACCUGGAGCCGCUUGGUGAACAACAUGAAGCGCUCUAUAGAACGAUAUCGCGAAGCAAUCCAACACGGCAGCCGAUCCGAGUAUGUCGCCCGAGCAGAGGAUAUAUCAGACCAUCUCAGGCUGCUCCUGGCUGCAGGUUCUGGAACAACAGACAACCACUCGGGUCAGCCUUCUAUUAUUUCAACAAACAAAGCCUUGUAUCCGCACUUUCGUGACAUGAUGUCCAAGUUCUCAAAACUUGUCAUAUCAUCACACAUUGCCGCCGCGGACUGGCCGAACCAGGAGUCCGUACAGAAAUGCUUGUCAGAAGCCGAUGGGGUCCUGCUCGGUGUGUUCAGCUAUGUUGAAGUUGCCAGACAGCAAAGAGGCGAGGAAAUUCCCCGACUCUUCCCUGGCUUCGUUAUCGGAAGUACCACUGGUGGCAGCUGGCAGAAUAACGGUCUCGCUGGUCGCGAUCCCAUAACUUCCAAUUUCCUAGAAGAUGAGGAGGGCGUUGUCGAGCCCACAGCUGUGCUCGAUGGCAAGCUGCUUGAAAGAUUAGAUGAGCUCAAGAGAUUACUUGUCUCCAGUAUCAGGGAGCUUGACAAGAGCCUAAUCCUACCUGACAAGGUCAUUUCGCCCUACCGUCAUGAGGUUAUCGGCAAUAAUGUCUGCUUGGCGGGAAGUAGAGUUCUGGACACCUUCAAACCUUGGGUCGCCAUGAUCGAGUCCAUCGACUUGUCAUCUCUUGGGAACACAUUUCAAACCCCACAGCUGGCCGACUUCAGCGUAAACAAACAGAGCCUUUACGACAACAUUUCAGACCUUAUCCUUGGAUGCCAGGCUGUAUCAGGUCCGCUCUCAGACGAGUGGUCAGAAGUGCGGGGGGAAUCGCUUGAGAACCGUCUCGAGUACGUAAGGCAGUGUGGGAGGACUCUGGAGACAAAUUCAUCCCACGUGGGAUUCUCUUUACAGCUACUCUCAGAGCAAGUGCAGUUCAACAUGCAGCAGCAAGUCGAGCCUCGCGUGCGCGAAGAACCAUUUGUGCGCCAACCGCUCCAGAGAACGGAGACGAUGCCAUACCAGCCCAGCGGACACCUGCGAACAGAGAGCAGAGGAAUCAGCGCUCCUCAGCGCCCUGGGUAUGCGCAAUCCGUGUCGGUUGAUGGUGCAGACCUUAUUGCGCCAAACAACAAAUUCCGCAAGAUUGGUGGGCAUUCUAAACUUGAAAGGAUAUUUGGAGAGGACCCAUCACCUCAACCUCCACCGGUUGAUGAGACGCCCGAAUUCCUCAAACUCAGCUAUGAGGAUGACAUCCAGUGGGAGACCAAGACCCAACCGCCAACGGUCAAGGGUGGCACGCUUUUGGCGUUGGUUGAGCAGCUUACACGUCACGACAAGCUGGAUUCCAGCUUCAACAAUACCUUCUUACUUACGUACCGUUCAUUCACGACAGCACGUGAGCUCUUUGAGCUCCUGGUCAAGCGAUUCGGGAUCCAGCCUCCGGAGGGACUCAACCAGCAGGACUAUGAUGUCUGGAGGGACAGGAAACAAAAGCUGAUCCGUUUCCGUGUAGUCAAUAUUUUGAAGAGCUGGUUUGAAAAUUUCUGGAUGGAAGAUUCGAGUCUGGAAGAGACGAAGCAGUUGAUUCGGGACGUCUACACGUUUGCCAGAGACACUGUGAAGUCAACAGAAACGCCUGGAUCGCCACAACUGAUGGCACUGCUGGAUCAACGCUUAACCGGAAAGGACGUGUCGGCCAGACGCAUGGUACAAAACUCCAACCUGCCGACACCAACGCCAAUCAUGCCCAAGAACAUGAAGAAGCUCAAGUUUCUCGACAUCGAUGUAAUAGAGUUUGCCCGCCAGCUUACGAUAAUCGAAUCAAGGCUAUAUGCCAAGAUCAAGCCUACGGAGUGCUUGAACAAGACCUGGCAAAAGAAACAGGGCGAAGGAGAGCCGGAGCCGGCGCCAAAUGUUAAGGCUCUCAUUUUGCACUCAAACCAGAUGACGAAUUGGGUGGCCGAGAUGAUUUUGGCUCAGUCGGAUGUCAAAAAGCGAGUUGUUGUCAUUCGCCACUUUGUGGCCGUAGCAGAUCGUUGUCGCUCUCUCAACAACUUCUCAACUCUGACUUCCAUCAUCUCGGCUCUCGGCACCGCGCCGAUCGCUCGACUCAAGAGGACUUGGGACAUUGUCCCAGCAAAGGCGCAGUCCACACUGGAGAGCAUGCGCAAGUUGAUGGCUAGCACCAAGAAUUUUGGAGAGUACAGAGAGGCGUUGCAUGCCUCAAAUCCUCCAUGUAUCCCCUUCUUCGGCGUAUAUCUUACGGAUCUCACCUUCAUCGAGGAUGGUAUACCAUCCAUUAUCAAGAAGACAAACCUCAUCAACUUUGCCAAGCGGGCCAAGACAGCAGAGGUCAUUCGCGAUAUUCAACAAUACCAGGCUGUGGUAUACUCGUUGCAACCAGUCAACGAACUCCAAGACUACAUCUUGAGUAACAUGUCAGCCGCUGGCGAUGUGCAUGAGAUGUAUGACAAGAGUCUGCAAGUUGAGCCACGUGAGCGCGAGGAUGAGAAGAUAGUGAGGGUUCUCGCCGAGUCUGGGUUCCUGUGAGCGGCCCGACGCAAUUUGCCGUGCGCUGAAACGCGGCGAUAUUUUACGUCGCCAAACCACCAGACUGGUGGUGGGCUGGUAAAACAUGCGCGGCCUCCGCCUCUACUCUAGGCCGCGCGAUGGUCUUAAUGAGAGAGGGGCGCUCAGAAUAGGCAAACGACUAUACAACACGGGUCGGGUGUGACCUGGGUGAACCCAUUCACGAAAAGGACCAUUCGAGACAUGUGAAAUGAUAUUACGUUGAGAUACCUUUGGAUAUAUAUAACACGACGAUACUUCAGCGUGGGGUCACGCUUUGUUCGGCGUUUUGGAGGCUAGAGAGUGUACAGGACGAAGCGAUUCUGUCCGUAGCAGAUCAUACUGGCGCAUUGAGGGCUGGUUCCUAGAGGUUUGCUUCAAGCAAGUUGAGCCGGAACGGAAAACGGGCCGGUAAAAAGAAGGGGAGCACAAACGCUCAAAAUGAAGGAAAGAAAAUCGCUUCCAGGUGCUGACUUCCAGAGUAGUCUGCUAGACUUGAAUGGAGAACCAGUUUGAAGGAAUCUCUUGAUUCACCGUGGCGUCCGAUCUUCAGGAGUCGACUGCUAUUACUUCAUCAUGCUCCCAGGAUUGGUGGGUUGGCUUUGGACAGACUGGUGAAUUCAGAUGAAGUAAUACGGGGGCGGGUGGCGGCGUAGGCUUCCCGAGACCAAAUCGGCAUCUCGACUUGGCCAUGUCUGUUCUUGCGGGGAGGUGAAUAUUGGCGGGUCCAUCAGCCAGAACGGAUCGAGACACAAUGGAGACAAGGACUAAUAUCUUGUGGCAAAGGGCACCGGAAAAUGAGAAUCAGAAUGUCAGCCAUACAUGUUAUUCAGAGUCCCUGUUCUUUCCAGUA